UUGAACAUGGCGGGGUAGGCUGUGCAGUUUUUCCAGGAAAAAUAUUGCGUGAAUAUCAGCGCAAUUAGAAUGUUACAACUGCUGAAAACAACACAGAAACUGCAGGAUUUGUUGUAAUCGAUAAUCAACUUAUGAUUACUGACAGAUCUACCUACCCAAAAAUGGAGAUUCUACUAUUUUUCACGCUGUCAACACUAAUUCCCCUUUUAAAUUCCGAAUACAUACCACCAGGACCCAAAUAUCCGUGCCCGAAAGAGACAGACAGACUGCUUAUGUACCCAUGCGUGUGCGAGAAAGGGACAGAUGCAGGGCUGUACGUUCGGUGCGAGAAUACAGGGCUGGCGAUCAUGAGUGUCGGUUUGGGGAAUUUAGCUGGAUUAGGGUUUCCGAUAGAGAGAUUGGAGAUCAAGGAAGGGAGAUUUACCCGCCUCCAAGGACCAAUGCUUCAUCGGUCCACCAUAAGGGUGUUACACAUAAUCGACACGCCCAUACAAACGAUAGAGGAAUACGCACUGGCUGGUGUGAACCGCACUUUACAGGAGCUGCGGUUUUACAACACACGUAUGGCGGAGUUUCCUAAAGAGGCGUUUAAAAUACUCGGCAACCUUUCAAUCCUAUCAAUUGACGGUCACCAAAUAACAAAACUGGAUAAAGACAUUUUCGCUGGCAGUGAAGCCGUGGGCAAAUUAGAAAAACUCCACAUAGUCAAUGGACUGCUAUCAGACGUGCCCAUAGAAGCGUUUCAGACGUUGAAAAAGCUUAAAACUUUGGAUCUGCACGGGAAUAAACUGGCAACACUGAAGCGCAACCAGUUUAAAGGGCUGAGGGACACUGAAGUUUUGGAUUUGAGUUACAAUAUGAUACAAAAACUGGACGGCAGCCACAUUGGAGACAUGACCAAACUCGGUUUCUGCAACGUCAGCCACAAUCAAAUUGGAGAAAUAGCAAGGGGUAUGUUUGCGAGAAACACAGUGCUCAAAGUGAUACAUUUGGACAACAACAAAAUAAAGAAAUUGGACACCAACAGCUUCAGAGGAAUGCGGUUUUUGAGGCGCCUGUUCCUCCAAGACAAUAUGAUAUCCGACGUCGGUCGUGGUACGUUCGCGGCUGUUACACGUAUUGGAACUGUAGACUUGGCGCGCAACAGAAUCACUAAAGUUGAUUAUCAAAUGUUCCAGCAGGUCAAAUACGCUGAGCUUAUAAACCUAGCAGAGAAUAACAUAACCAUCAUAGAGGCACAAGCGUUCACGGACCUAUAUCUAGCGGUCGUAAAUAUAUCGCACAACUCUCUAGAGAAGAUCGAAGCCAACGCAUUCCAGAAUUGCAAUAAUAUGACUCUACUGGAUUUGAGCUAUAACAACCUUCAGGAUAUCAAUAAGAACGCGUUCGAUGAGAACAGCUACGCGUCUGAGUUGCAAGUGGCGUAUAAUAAUUUCACUGAUUUUGGGCAGAUACCGAUCCACAAUAUGACUGGUAUCCGCGUUCUCAACGCAUCGCACAACAACAUACAGCGCAUCCCUCGCAACGCGUUCCCGAAGUUGUAUGAGCUUCAUACAGUGGACGUCUCAUACAACAAGCUGACGGAGAUAUUCAACGCGGUGUUCCAGAACUUGUUCUCUUUGAGAUUCCUGAACCUCAGCCACAAUUCAAUGCAAGCCAUCAAGCCAGCGACCUUCGGGACCAUCCCAACAGUCCUGUCCCUGGAUCUGUCCCACAACCAGUUGUCCGACGUGUCCCGCGGCAGCCUCGCCAAGCUGGCCAGUUGUCGCGAGCUCGACAUCAGCCACAACCACCUGCAGAAGAUGUUCCAGAUACCCAUCAGUUUGGGAGGGCUCAAUUUCGCCCACAACAACCUAACCGAGCUUCCCUACAAUGCCUGGCCCACUAUGAACUCACUACUCCGUUUGAACCUAUCUUCAAACGCGCUGGGCGAUCGGCUGUCUUCGGACAGUUUCAGCGGGCUUCUAACGCUGCAAGUGCUGGAUUUGUCAGCGAAUGAGCUGUCCAAACCGCCGUGGGAAGCGCUGAGCAAGCUGACUAGCUUGCAGUACUUGUAUUUGCAGGACAACAACAUAACCUCCCUCUCAAAGUCAGCCUUCGGCAACCUGCCCACCAUGUUCAAACUGGACCUGUCGCGCAACGCGAUCGAAACUGUCGCGCAACAGUCGUUCGGCGGCCUGCAACAGUUGCUCGACUUGUCGCUGAGUGGCAAUCUAUUGGAGCGGAUACCGAACGAGGCUUUUAAAGGACUGGUUGCUUUGAGAAAGCUGGACCUCUCGUACAAUAUGCUGGACAAGAUCGACAAUAAGACCAAUGGAUUGUUGGACGACUGCUUAUCGUUGGAAUCGGUGAACCUAAGCCACAACAGGUUCGGUUUCCUAACCAAGAAGAUGUUCCCGGCCAGUCCGUGGAUUCCAUAUAACUUGAAGGAAGUUGACCUAAGCUACAACGAAAUACCCGUGGUGACACUAGACCUUACUUUGGGCACUAAGAAAGUGAAGAAGUUGAAUCUAGCCGGGAAUAUUAUAAAUGAUGUGCGCGGUUAUGUCCUUGGAAAUCUGACGUCUCUGGAGGUUUUGGAUCUUUCGUACAAUAAUUUGGAAGAUCUAGUUUCGAGAACUUGUAAGUAUUAA